AUGGCGGAGGACGAAAUCGGGGUGGGUGGCGGGGGCCCCGACAGUUCGCUCGCGACCGUGCGGACGAACCGCAAUGUAGUUUCAUCCAACAGUUGCAGAACAAGCCACAAACUGUUUUCAACUUUUUCAAAAGUUGUUAAAAAAUUAUCGGGUGCCCCAGCAGACGCGUCCCAGGCUGGCAGUUCAGGUGAACAAGCCAAAGAGCCGGAACCCUCACGCAACGAACCGUUGGGUCGGCGACUCGGCUCCGGCAUGGCGGGCAUCAUAUCCAAGCUGAAGAGUGUGAGCACCCAGAACCCGCCGCAGCUGGAGAGCAACCCGAUCAUGCAAUACUUCGAGAUCGGCAAGGAGAGCAGCAACGCGGGCCCGGGGCUCGUCUGGCGCGUCCACGACGCCUACAGGAAAAGUGACGGGAAGGAAUGCUCAGUAUUCAUAUUCGACAAACGGAUCGCCGAGAAACUGUACAAGCCCAAACGCAAGGAAAGCAUGCUCGACCGCCUCCGAGCAUGCGUAGCCCUGCUUGAAAAGCUACGUCACCCGAAGAUGUUGCAAAUAAUCCACUCGCUAGAAGAGGGCCACAACACCAUCGCCUUCGCCUCCGAACACGUACUUGCCAGCCUGCACAACAUACUCGCUUGGCAUGAGUCGACGCCGGUGGUGCCGGGCGCGCAGCCGCCGGUGCUGCCGCACCCGCUGUCGCUCGGCCCGCCGGGCAUGCAGAACCCCCAGGUGAACGCCACCCCGCAGCGACCGCCCUACGCCAAGGAAUACUUCUUUUUGGACAUCGAGCUUCGGUACGGAUUACUACAGAUCAUCGAGGCGCUACACUACCUGCACUACACGGCGCGCCAGAUCCACCGCAACGUGUGCCCACAAGUGAUCAUCGUUACAAGGCGCGGCACGUGGAAACUUUUUGGCUUAGAGUUUAUUGAAAACAUUCUUGGAGAUGACCCCACGGAGAUGCUAACAGUUGCACCAUGGUCUAUCAAAGUAGCUAAAAUUGCCCAGCCAAAUCUUGACUAUUUGGCUCCAGAAGUGCAGACGAACGGCAACUGCAACAUCUUGUCGGACAUGUUCUCGCUGGGGCUGGUGAUCUGCGCAGUGUUCAACUCAGGAAAACCUCUUAUUCAAGCAAACAACAACCCCAUGCUUUACGUUAAGCAAAUCGAAUUCCUGGACGAGCAAGUGAGCGCCGUGCUGCCGCGGGUGCCCGCCGCGCUGCAGGAGGCGGUGCAGCGGCUGCUCUCCCGCGACCCGCACCCGCGCCCCUCAACGCAGCUGCUACCACUUAUCAAAUAUUUCAACGAACCCGCUAUCCAAGCUAUGCAGUUCCUUGACGUGAUCACAAUGAAGGACCCCAACUCCAAAAGUAACUUCUACAGGCAAACUCUCAUCGACGCGCUUCCAUACAUUCCAAAGAAACUGCGCUGGCAGCUGGUGUGGCCGGCGCUGCAGCUGGAGGUGCGCACGGCCGAGGUGCUGGCGGCCGUGCUGCAGCCGAUCAUCUGGCUCACCAACGAGGCCACCCCUGACGAGUUCAGUCACUACGUCCUUCCCACCCUCAAGAACCUGAUGAAUUCCCCGAAGAGCGUUCAGGCCUCUGUCACGGUCUUAGAGAAUUUGCACAUAAUUUUAAAGAAAUGUAAAAAGGAUGAAGUAAACAAUGAGAUAAUGCCAAUGCUUUACACGGCUUUGGAUAACAACACUAAUCAAAUACAGACUUCAUCUCUGAUUGCAAUGCAGAAUGUAUCCGAUUACAUCGAGGAUAAAGCACUUCAUGGAAUUGUUUUGGGGAAGGUUAAAGUGCUAUUGGAAAAAAAUCAAAGUGAUGUUAAAAUAAUUAGCCUAAUUCUGGGCUUUUAUGAAAAAAUAUUAGUUAGAUUGGAAAGAAAUCAUAUUCUCGAACAAGUGAUACCCACUCUUUUGAGCAUGAGGUUGAGCGAUCCAGACAUUAUCAACCGCGUUGUCCGGCUUUACAAGUCAAUGCUAUUGGAGAGGAAAUUUGGCUUAACAACGAACGUUAUGGCAACAAAGAUGAUACCGUCACUCGCACCGCAAACCGUCAAUCCAGCUCUGAACGUUGAUCAAUUCACUAACCUAAUGGAGAUUCUGUAUGAUAUGCUGGACAACAUUGACAAGAACCAGCGCUACAAGCUAAAGCUGGACAGCUUGACUUUGCCAAGUCCCGAGCGGCAUCGUCCUUUGCGGCACCAGAUGAGCACCGACAAUAUGAACGUGCCACCCUUCAACAUCCCCAACCUGCGCGUCGAACAGCGCAAAACCUCCAGUGCCGAGGACAUGGCACGCAAAAACUCUAUCGGCGGACAGAGCAUUGGGCAAUGGUUCUUUGGAUCGAGCAACUCCACAGCCGGUGAUAACAACUUUUUACGUGUGGCCAGCGCAUUUCCUAACCGUCGCCUCUCUGAUAACACUCUAAUGACCCCCAAAAUUCGUAUAGCUCCCUCUUGCGCAUCGUCCCCUGGUGGCACUCCAGGAGGUAACUCAGGAUUGCCCACAAGACGCCAUUCCAGUAUUGGCCCUCAAGAACGUCGUGGGUCAGCGGUUAAUUUGUCACCACCUACCGGUUACCAGUACAGAGGUCGAGGCGGCUCGGGCUCGAGUCUGUCCGUCCCGUCGGCGUCACAAUGCGUCCUUGCACGGAGCAUGAUCGGCGGAUCAAUGCCGAAUACGUCGUCCAGCGUGCCCUUCCUGCUGACGUCGUCGAUGCAGUCGAUCCGGUCGCGGCGGCCAUCGGCGUGCCUGAGUGGCUCGCAGGGCUCCGGCAUCUUGCAGCAGCUCAGCAGCGGCAUGGUAAGGCACUUGCCCGUCGGCUCUUCGAGUUCUGUACACAACAAGUUGCCCACUCAGUGGAGUGCGCUACAAGGCGCGACCAGUGCCGGAUACAACGCGCUGCAGCAUACGGCCAUCGCUGUGAGGAAAUGUCCGUCGCUCAAUAUUACACUGACUCGUUAAAAUCGUCAGUACCGACUAAUGUUAACUCGGCACUUCCGAAGA